GCACUGACCUGGAGGUGGAAAGGAGAGAGCGUGUCGCACUAGUGAACACUUUCACCGGCGAUAGUACUCGAGAACGGUCACGGAAAUCAUUCCUCGUCGAGUUGAUCAGAGUUUAAGAUUCCAGUGAAGAAGAAGAAUGAAGAUCUGGACGUCAGAACACACCUUUAGGCAUCCGUGGAGCACGGUUGCGCAGGCAGCAUGGAGAAAGUACCCCAACCCCAUGAACCCCAGUGUUGUAGGGGUGGAUGUGUUAGACAGGAGAGUGGACCAGGAAGGGAAGCUACACUCACACAGGCUUCUCAGUACAGAGUGGGGCUUAGGAUCCUUUAUCAAAAAGUUUCUACCAAUCCAGAUGUUAGGAGGUGACACGUGUUAUGUCAGUGAGCACUCUGUUGUAGACCCAGAAAAGAGGACCAUGGUUCUGCAGUCAACUAAUUUGACGUUUUCAAACUAUGUGUCAGUAGACGAGAGAUUAACGUACGAGCCACAUCCUACAGAAAAAGACUCUACACUGUUAACUCAGGAAGCAAUCAUCACUGUGAAGGGUGUUAGUUUGAGCAGCUACCUGGAGGGCAUCAUGGCCAGCUCUAUCUCAGGGAAUGCGAACAAGGGCCGCCAAGCGAUAGAAUGGGUCAUCGGCAAGAUCAACAGCGAGGUGUCCGAGCUGGCCGAAACUGCGAAGUCCGGUAUGAAGGACAUCACGGACAAUCUGGAGAAAAUCACGAAAGUCUCCAACAAAACCAACACAGACUCUAUAUGAAACCAUCUGACUUGAAGAAGUGCCCAGAUGAUUUAUAUAAGAAUCCUUGGUUGUUGUUAUUUUCAAGAUUGAAACUGCCAAUUAGAUUUAAUAGUAAUAGUGUUUUGUGUCAAACCAUCAUUUUGUAUAAAGAUUGUAUUUGAAGAUAUCUUAUUUUUAAAGAUAUUUACCUCUACAUGCAAGCAGGGCAUGUGGUAGUGUUGAGGAGGAGUAAAGAAUAGCACACAUUGUACUAAAGGUACUCUUGAAUUUGAAGGGCAUACUACAUGUACUAUGAUCAUGUCUUGUUUAUAUGAAAUGUAUAUGUACAUUGCCCUUAUAAGUUAUGCCACUCAGUGAUGUUAUGCAUCCUUCAAGUUCUAGUAAGAAAACAAGGGCUUGUACACUCAGGUUUCAUCUCUGGCCUUCUGCUCAUUGGAAAGGCUCUUAACAAGUUUGCCCCCAUUAUCAGAAACUACCCCACAUCUGAAAGAACAACAGAACUUCAUUGACUGAAAUUUUAGGGGAUAGCUAAGAUGAUUUGUUUUUUAAAUAUUAAAAAAAAGGGUUGCCAAUGUUUGGCAUAACUGGGUCUAUGAAAUGUUACAGAUGUAGCAGUUAAGAAGAGAAAAAAGAGCCUUUGAAAGGUAUCAUUUUGUUAAGGUGAUUCAUCCAUGUACAGUCAGAUGCUAGUUUAUCAUGUACAUAUUUAACAAUGUACUUUUGUGUUUUAUUUAAGAGAUUUUGAAGAGUACAGGAAAACAGAUUUACUUUGAGAGGCUUAAGGGCUUCUCAAAACUAUUUAAUAAAUGAAAACAAUUGAAGGAAA